UCCGCACAUUGUCACCGCUUUACUGCCUACGGGUGAAGGUGACAACCAUUCACACCUUCAUUUCACCUGUCCACGCGGUGUCACGUACGUCAGUGGUAUUGGACAUAGUACAUAUGACAGCAGAGGAAUCAACGUCUUUCUGGAGCCGGCUGAUACAGUGACUGCACGGUUUUACAGUUCUUACAGAAUUAUAGUAAAAAACGAAAUGUGGCCGAAGACGGUCUCUAACGAACAUUGCUGGACCAAGAUUUGUGUGCAGAAGUACAUGCUGUUGGUGCAGAGCGUUUUUCUUUUCGUCGGAGUGCUAUUUAUGAUAGGAAUAUCGCCUAAGUGGCCGACAGUGGACGUCAACCACAUCCUAACUUGGACUCCUAACAAGACGCAAGGCACAUCUCCAACAGAAUUGGUAACUUUGUCUCUACUGCCAAGCGCUUCGUACGAAAUCGUUAGACCACGGGAUUACAGAAACAUGAAUAGUAAACGAUUCGUCUAUAUGGUGCAAGGUCCGAGUCGAAUUGGCAUUAAAGGACUCGAAGAAACAACUGAACGCGACGUCUUUUGGUUGACCUUUGGUAAUAAAUCUGGUGACAUUUUUUCGGCAAGUUCAACAGCAGUUUCAGGACGAAAUGCCCUUUUGCACUAUGCUGUUAGUUUGGCCUCGCAGACUUUGAACGGUGGAUACCUUUACUAUAUAUUCAUUGAUGACGACAUUGUUCUAUCCUUGCGUAACGAUGGAAACGUAAGUUGGAAACCAUGGGAUCAAAUGAAAAAUAAUACUUUUGAAAGAUUUGAGGAUUUCCUCUUAGAUUUGAGACCGGCGGUGGGAUACGUCCGGUUCCAAGAUAAUUGGAGGCAACCAACAAAUCUUAGCAGAUCUACAGACCUUCAUCACGAUUUUGACGAGUGUUUUAACGCUUUCCACAAAGACACGUUAUCAUUUCUUCUCCCUUACGACACCCACUUUGACUACGACUCCUGGUACACGGGCGGCUGGAUUGCCCGUCAUCAUAUGGGGAUGUUGUACCAUUCUUACAGGAUGCAAUGUAACUCUCUUUACAUCGAUAAUACUAAGCAUGGGGGCCGGAAUAAUAGAUACAAGGCCGGUUACGACUAUGCCAAGCCACGGGAUUAUAUUAAAAGUGCCACAACGUCAAAUAUUCUGCAGAAAUCCAUACUACAAGCAGAUAAAAAAGGGAGAGGGCUUCAGCCAAUAGGGCGCAUGCCUGGUGAGCCAAAAGUUAAAGGAAAUCAUUCCUACUUAAUCACCGACGACUAUCUUAGUUCUAAUUUUAAAGAAGAUCAUCCUAUGAUUCAAAAGCUGCUUAUUUGGAGAAAGAAACCGGAAGUCGAAAAGAUUCUCCAAUUGCGCACAAGAAAUAACGAAUCCAGUUUUAUAGCCGAUUCAUUAUAUACUGACUCACCGUCACACUUUUGGGUAUAAUUUUUUUCUUCUUUUUUGUCAAAAGCAAUUUCUGUGCACAUGUUGAAAUCUUAAAGGAAGAAUGGUUUAUCUUGCUGUGCAAUAUUUAUAUUUAUAUUCUUAUAUUCUGGACUGUUCUCAACACAUUUUAGUAGUUAGUUUAAUUGUUAUAUUCCUUUCCGUAGAAUUAUCAACAAUAAAAACAUUUUAAUUACUUUUAAUUUUUAACCAUUGAAUUUUUCUGACAGUUAUCUCGAAUAAAGCAAU